AUGGCUCAAGUACAAAGAAGAAACACCGAUAUAGGGGACAAUGUCCGCGAGAAGCAGGAGCGCCGCAAGUCCGGAAUUUUUUCCUUUACUCGAUCUUUCAAAAGGUCGCCCACAGACGCUGGGAAGGGUGACACAACGUCAUCACCAACGACACCGCCCCUCGAACCGGUGCUGAAGAAGACCAAUUCUUCUCGCAGCAUACCUGCUGCUACACAGACAUCUGAAGUCACAGCUGAGGCAGAACGCCCCUUGGGCUCUUCUCCGCCUCGGCCCCAUACGGCGGCGUCCACUGAGGCGCUCCAGAGGCUGGCAACCGGUGGCGACAAGUCCUCAGAAGGCCUCCCAACACCUCCCGACACCCCUGGUCCUUCAACGACAGCGACAGCCACAUUAGAGGACGUCCAGGACACAAGCAAUGAUGUGUCAGCUCCCGACUCAACCGUCCCUACGUCAAUAGACGAGCCAAGAGAGUCUUCAUUGCCUGAACCCCAGAAAACAGUUCUUUAUCACGAAGAAGCCGACCUUCAGGUCAGAGUCCAAGAAACAGACGGCACAAACGCAAUCUACUCUGUCCGCUCCAGCACCUUGGAAAGUGCGUCUCGUGUCUGGAAAGAGAAACUCGCGUCGCAGACAACUAAGACAUACCAGUCCGCCGAGCCUGCGUACGGACUAGAUGUCAUCUUCUCCAUUGCCCACUACAAGUUCCACGAUGUUCCCCGGAUCCCCAGCAUCGGCAACUUGUACGACGUUGCGCUUGUGGCAGAGAAAUUCCAGACAAUCCAUCUCUUGGUGCCUUUCAUCAAGGGAUGGAUUGCCGGGCUUCCAAGCCAAAUCACGGUUCCCGGCGCCGCAACUGACGAGGACAAGACCCUGGUCACGGGCUGGUUGCUUGGCCAGGCUGAAUGGUUCUCCAAGAUCCUAUCCAACUGUGCGUACAACGCACACAUCGGGCCCGACGGUCAGCUCCUGGACUCCGAGGGCAAGCCCUGGGGCGACCAGCCCGUGUCUGACGACGUGGUCGAGAUCCUCGCCGCCACGCGCCUGGCCGCGAUCGAGAACAUCAUCAAGGCCGUCAGCGAGCCCGUCCAGAAGCUCCUGAACCCGCAAUACUACCCCGAGGAGGACAUCCGGUACUGCCAUGCCCCCGAGGACGACGCCGCCCGCGAGGACUGCGAGCAGCUGCAGCUGGGCUCGGCCAUCAUGGGCCUCACAAAGGCCAAGCUGUGGCCGCCUCCCGAGCCCACGCGCAUCAACGUCAGCCCCGUGCAGCUGGCGAACGCGUAUGGUGAUGUGCGCAUCAGGCGCCACCAGGAGCCCGGUCUGCGUUUCAAGGAGGGCGAGUCCGUUGGUGACAGCCAUGUCAAGUGCGGGUUCGGACACCGCGAGGAGAUCGAGAGCAUCCUGGCCACGCCUGCCCAGCUGUCGACGAGUGUCGUCAAGGAGCUGCACGUGAGGGCCAAGAGGUCUGGGGCCUUCAGCGAGGAGCUCUUCGAGGACCUGAGACACUUUAUCAAUGAGGACUUUGGUGUCGCCGUCGAUGAGGACCUCAAGACGAAUGCUGUGGGAUACAAGCAGAUCACCCUCGCCGCUGCUCCGAAGGGGGCGGAUUCUCAAGUUCAGACCGAAGAGAACAAGCCGAAUGAGGAGAUUGAGGCCUCUGCCGGAGGGGCUGAUGAGUAG